AAUGUACAAACCACGAAGUAUUUUAGCUCCACAUUCACCGAGGAAAGUGAUAGAAUUGACAAUCACUCGGCAAAUCAUAUUGACACUUUCAUAACCAACACCGUACAUAGGCCCGAAUAUGUCCUUCCGAAUAAUUAGCAGUUUGAUCCAAAAAGGCCCCAUCCGAAUUUUAGCUCGCACGGAAUCAACUGCAGCCAUAACCCCAACUAUCGCGAACUCCGCGCAAAGUGAUGAACCAAUCGACAUAACAAAUCCUUUUGAAAAAGAUCGGGCUCAGUGCAUCCUUUGUCGUUCAAAUAUCACCCCAAACUACAAGAAUGUAAAGUUGCUGUCCCAGUUCCAGAGCCCAUACACCGGUCGGAUAUACGGGCGACAUAUUACGGGCCUGUGCAAAGCGAAGCAGGAGCAAGUUGAGAAAGAAAUCAUCAAAGCUCAAAACUGCGCGCUAAUGCCAACCUAUCACAAGAGCGUUGAGUUCCUCCAGGACCCGAAAUUGUUCGAUCCCGAACGACCAAUACGGCCGCAUAAAUAUUAGAAUGAUUUGUAAAAACAAGGCUUCUAACAUAGAAUAAAAUAAGUUAGGAAAUAUUAAA